AUGGAACAGGCAGUUUAUGGAAUGGUAUCCAAGAGAGCACGUGAGGAAGAGAGGACAAGACAAACGGAUGGGACAGGUGUGGUUGCAAGCAUUCAAAUAUCAAAAGGUGCUGUUGUAUGUGUGGAAUCAAAACUCCAAGGCAUGAUAUCUAUUGGAGCUAAGACAUUGGUCCAUCCAAAGGCUUCUAUUGUUGGAGAUGCUGGCCCUAUCGUAAUUGGUGAAAGCAAUAUUUUUGAAGAACAAUCAGUGAUUCACCACAGGGUAUAUCCUUCCCCAUCUACAGCAUUUUCAGCAGAUUUAUCGUCUGGUGGUGUAGCGAGAUCGGGAUUGGGGGAUUGGAGAUUUGGAAGGGAGGUGGAGAGGGUAGGAGAAGAGAGGGAGGAAGAGUUGGGGAGAGGAGCAGAAGGGAAAGACGAAGAGGAGGAGGAGAGAUUAGAGGAGAGAGAGGAAGUAGAGGCAGGGAGGGUAGAUGAGUGGGAAGAAGAGGAGGGGAGGAGGGGAGCAGUCUGGGUAGGCGCGGGGCUGCCAACUUCGGUUGACUGUGGUCGAGCAGUCUCUCGAUCAGAGAUAGCUGGUGUGGCCUGGACAUCAGGAGAGAUAAUCUCAUUGGGUUUAUUUAUCUGUGAGUUUGUUGAAGUAACUGAGAAAGAGUACAGAAUAUUAGCCUGA